CCGACAUCCGGCACACCUCAGCUGUGGCUGCAGGUCUCGAACCAUCGAGCUCCUCCAUUCGCAAAUCCAAUCCCGCGUCCCUCACUGGCUUGGCACUUCGGGUGCUACCAUGGAUUCAUAUCAGGGCCAUGUCUCCUAUUCCUUCCCCGUAUCAUCUCUUCUACCUUCUUUCUAGAGGGAGAUUGUUGUAUCGAUCACCAUGUUGUUUCGUUCCAUGAGGUCUCUCCCCUCAGCUUUGGUCCUCGUCCUUGUCUUUCUGGGCUUUUUCGGAUGGCAAUUGAGCCAGGGGCACUCUCACGAGCCCCUUCCACCUCCGCCCGCACAGGAUGAGAGCCCUCCGCCUGAAGCACAGAAGAAGCCGCUCCGUGUCGCGCUCAUGACUUUUGUCACAGAACAGAGAUCGUAUCUCCACGUAUCGCUCAAAAACAAAGAUCACUACGCGCGUCGCCACGGCCAUGAUCUUAUUGUCGACUACGAAGCACAUUCCGAUCGAGGCGUUAUGUGGUGGAAAUACACCAUGGCUGAGCGCGCUGUCAAGUCUGGCAAAUACGACUGGAUAUGGUGGCUGGACUUCGACACGCUGAUCACCAACACCGCAACGAAAAUCACCGACAUCAUUGAAGAGGAGCUAAACAACGCCACCAACCUCGACGCAAUCGACUUCCUGCUUACGAAAGAUUGUAACGGACUGAACGCAGGCUCCUUCCUCCUUCGCGGGCACGAACGAUCGAUCAAAUUCUUCGAUGAUGCGAGAACCAUGUUCGACAAGGCGAAAAAGGAAGAAACCAACAUGAGCGAGCAGGAUUGCAUGUCAAAACUGUUAAAGGAGGAUCAGGCGACAAGCGACAUGGCUCAUUUCGUGCCACAGUGGAAGCUGAAUGCUUUCCCAGAGGAAAUCGCCUGCUACGACGAGUCCAAGAAGGGGUGGGAGCAGGGCACCUUUGUCCUGCAUUUUGCAGGUGCAUGGGCACACGUCAAGGGCGAUGACCCCACCGGGCAGUUGAUGAAGAAGUACGAGCACGACAUCAUUUGGGGAGAUGCGAAGGAAUUCUAUUGACGUGCAUAUUUGGUUGACGUCAAACAUCGGCCGGGUGUUGG